AAGGAGGAAGAAAGAGAAAAAGAAGAAGAGAAGGAAGAGGAGGAGGAAGAGGCGGCGGGGGUGUGAGUCUCGGCCGGGAUCGGGAUGUCCGGGCAGCAGCAGCAGCAGCAUCAUCAACAACAACAGCAGCAGCAGCUGCCGGCCGUGGCAGCCGCGGCAGUGGCUCCGGCCCCUGGGGUCGUCCUGCCGGCCCCCACCCCUGUUAGUGCCGGCUCCUCUCCGGCCGGCCCCGCCGCUGUGUCCCCGGUUGGGGGAGCAGGAAGCGGUGGUGGCGGCGGUAGCGUUGGCGUCGGGGUGGGGGCCGGGGCGGCCGCUCUGCUCCUGCACCCGCCGCCUCCGCCGCCACCCCCGGCUACUGCGGCUCCGCCGCCACCUCCCCCGCCGCCUCCCCCGCCUCCGGCCACGGCCGCAGCCUCCCCGACCCCCAGUAUCUCGGCGGCUGCCAGCUCGACCGGAGGGGCCACGCCAGCGGCCGCAGGGAGCAGCGCCCCAGCUCCCUUCCCCCAUGGGGACCCGGCCCUGAACGAGCAGGAGAAGGAGCUUCAGCGGCGGCUCAAGCGUCUGUAUCCGGCGGUGGACGAGCAGGAGACGCCGCUGCCUCGGUCGUGGAGCCCGAAGGACAAGUUCAGCUACAUCGGCCUCUCGCAGAACAACCUACGGGUCCAUUACAAAGGUCAUGGUAAAACUCCAAAAGAUGCAGCCUCAGUUCGUGCCACGCAUCCUAUACCAGCAGCUUGUGGGAUUUAUUAUUUUGAAGUAAAAAUUGUCAGUAAGGGAAGAGAUGGUUACAUGGGAAUUGGUCUUUCUGCUCAAGGUGUGAACAUGAAUAGACUACCAGGUUGGGAUAAACAUUCAUAUGGUUACCAUGGAGAUGAUGGACAUUCAUUUUGUUCUUCUGGAACGGGACAACCCUAUGGACCAACUUUUACAACUGGUGAUGUCAUUGGCUGUUGUGUAAACCUUAUCAACAAUACCUGCUUCUACACAAAGAAUGGACAUAGUUUAGGUAUAGCCUUCACAGAUCUACCGCCAAAUUUGUAUCCGACUGUGGGGCUACAGACACCAGGAGAAGUGGUAGAUGCCAAUUUUGGGCAACAUCCAUUUGUGUUUGAUAUAGAAGACUAUAUGCGAGAAUGGAGAACCAAAAUACAGGCACAAAUAGACCGGUUUCCCAUUGGUGAUAGAGAAGGAGAAUGGCAGACCAUGAUACAAAAAAUGGUUUCGUCUUACUUAGUACAUCAUGGGUACUGUGCUACAGCAGAAGCAUUUGCCAGAUCUACAGACCAGACCGUACUAGAAGAAUUAGCUUCAAUUAAGAAUAGACAAAGAAUACAGAAAUUGGUAUUAGCAGGAAGAAUGGGAGAAGCCAUUGAAACAACACAACAGUUAUAUCCAAGUUUACUUGAAAGAAAUCCUAAUCUCCUAUUCACAUUAAAAGUUCGGCAAUUUAUAGAAAUGGUGAAUGGUACUGAUAGUGAAGUAAGAUGUUUAGGAGGUCGGAGUCCAAAGUCUCAAGACAGUUAUCCUGUUAGUCCUCGACCAUUUAGUAGUCCAAGCAUGAGCCCCAGCCAUGGAAUGAAUAUCCACAGUUUAGCAUCAGGCAAAGGAAAUGCCACACAUUUUUCUGGUUUUGAAAGUUGUAGUAAUGGAGUAAUAUCAAAUAAAGCACAUCAAUCUUAUUGUCAUAGUAAACACCAAUCAACCAGUUUAAAUGUCCCUGAACUGAAUAGUAUAAAUGUAUCAAGAUCACAACAAAUUAAUAGCUUCACCAGCAAUGAUGUAGACAUGGAAACUGAUCACUAUUCCAAUGGAGUUGGAGAGACUUCCUCCAAUGGUUUCCUAAAUGGUAGCUCUAAACAUGACCACGAAAUGGAAGAAUGUGACACCGAAAUGGAAGUAGAUUCAAAUCACUUGAGACGACAGCUUUGUGGAGGAAGUCAAGCAGCCAUUGAAAGAAUGAUCCACUUUGGAAGAGAAUUACAAGCUAUGAGUGAACAACUAAGGAGAGAAUGUGGCAAGAACACUGCAAAUAAAAAAAUGUUAAAAGAUGCAUUCAGUUUGCUUGCUUAUUCAGAUCCCUGGAGCAGUCCAGUUGGAAACCAACUUGACCCAAUACAAAGAGAACCUGUGUGCUCAGCUCUGAACAGUGCAAUACUAGAGACUCACAAUCUGCCAAAGCAACCUCCACUUGCCCUAGCAAUGGGACAAGCCACACAAUGUCUAGGACUGAUGGCCCGAUCAGGAAUUGGAUCCUGUGCAUUUGCCACAGUAGAAGACUAUCUUCAUUAGCUAUGCAUUUAAGAGCUCAGACUUAUAUUGUGGCAUAUAGUCAACAUGGAAGUAGACCAGCUCUGCCGAUUUGAAAUUUAGAUUUUUUUAAAAUUAUGUACUGGGGACAGGUCUUUGUCGCUUUACAUUGCUUCCUAGUUUACAGCAUGAUGCAAAUGAUUUUCUAACUUAGUGUUAGGAGAAAUUAUUUUCCAUCUUUAACCUCUUAGUUGUCUAAGAGUUUAAAAUAUUGCUGAAUUUCAGAUAUUAAAAUUUGAUCAUUACAAAUCCUCUAAAAAUUAUUUUAAAAAACAAACCCAAAAUUCUGCUUCUUUGGGUUGGGGGGUGGUGGUGGGGGAAGGAACUAUAGAACAAGUUGUGUUUGUGUUAGCAUGUGGGUGAUGUAAACUUCAAAUUGGGAGACUUUCCAACCCCCCCCCUGCUCCCAUUAUUAGCGAUCAAUCAGUGUAAUUUGCAAAGUGCAUAAACACCUGACAGUUUGGAUUUAUAGUGUUGAUGGAAGAAAUCAUUUUUAAUGUGUACUGUAAAACUUGAAAUACUCAGGAGCUGAGUGAAUAUGUUUGUUGCUACUUACAAUCCCAACCUGUUAGUCCCAGUAGUUUUGUUUUAACAUGGUCUUUUUCAACUUUGUUUCCUGUUUAACUGCAGACAACUUCUGUUGUAGACUCACAAGUUUAACUGUUGUAUUAUAACAGUAUUACAUGUCAACAGUGUGGUUACGACCUUUAUUUAUAUAAAAAACCAAAUAUUUAGUCAAUUUACAGUGUCUUAAUUUAAUCUUUGUACACCUUCCAUUUUUAAGUGCUUACAUGAGUACUAUAUUGCAAUAAAAUGUAGUGAUAUAAUUAACCAGCCAUUAAAAAUUUACUUCUACAGAUAUUAGAGUUGUAUUAAUUUUAAAUUAUAAAACUAAAAUCGGGUACAAGCAAAGUUAAACUAAAUUAGAAUAUUAAUGCUGCUUAUAGUUUGGCCAAAACUAUUGGAGCAGUAUAAAUUUAGGGUUGCUAGCUCAUCAGUCCAGUGGCCUACUUUAUAGAGUUCAAUACCUAAAGCUUGAAAAGGGGCAAAGAAGUCAGUCAGCAAUAUGGAGAAAUGGGAAAUUCAAGAGGAUGGGUUAUACCAAAAGACAAGUCUCCAUCUAAGUCUGUAUUUGACAAUACUCAAGUUAGACUAAGAACAUGCUUGUAGUAUUGUUUUGUUUCUUCCAGUUGUUUCUAAAGAAAUGAAAGCAUUUUGUGCAUAUAGCUAUUGAGUUUGGUACACUAAUCUUUAUUCAUUUCAGAGCAGUUCUGUUAAACUGACAAGGUGCAAAACAGGCCCAUUAUAUUUUAGCUGAGGCAAUUGGGAUUAAGUGACUUGCCCAGGGUUACACAGGAAGUGUUAGGUGUCUGAGGCCAGAUUUGAACUCUGGUCCUCCUGACUUCGGGGAUAACGUUCUAUCCACUAUGCCACCCCUGCCCCAAGUAGACCAUUUUAAAAAGGUUUCUAGUAAUAUCUUGGGCAAUUACCUUGACUUUAGCUACAAUAUAAGAAAAAUGAAGCUUGGUACUGAAGCAAUUUUUCCCAGACUUUUUGAAAAUGAUUAUCAUCAUUACUAAUCUUUAGUUUUUAGUUUUUCCUGAGCCUUUAUACUCAGUUGAUCUUUUAAAAAAAAAUCCCUUGUUGCUCUGCUGUUGAAACUCCUUCCCUCCCCUUCCCCCCCAAAUUUCUUUUGUCUUUUAUACUGAAGCUGUGAAAAAAAGCCUUUGGAGCACAGCAUCGUGGGAAGAAAGCUGACCAUCUUGAGUUCAAGCUAACUUUCAGUCACACUAUAAGCUCUAGAGAACUUUCUUAAGACUUAAAAGUCUUAACUUGCAGAGAAAUAUGCCAAUUUAUAUUUUUCAAGAAAACUUUUCAUUCCUUGUUUUUGAAUGAAGCAGCUAGGUUCAAAUAAUGUUUCAGAUCCAAUAUGACUGAGCAAGUCAUUUAAUUUCUUUGCACCUCAGUUUUCUUAUUUGUAAAAUGAAAGAAUUGAACUAACUUAAUGGCUUCAAAAGGCCCUUUAGCAUUCACUUCAUAUUAUAAUUCAUGGUGUUUUUUUGUGGUCCGAGUUCCAUAGACCAGCAUUCCAACAAUAACAUUCUGAAGUACCUGUUGUAGCCAGAAAGUGACAGUCAAUAACAAUAAAGGUGGCAGAAACCACACUGAGAAAAGAGCUUACUCCCCGAUUGGUAUUUGUUAAGUCAGCUAUUCUUGUUUUUGCUCUUCUUAAUUUCCAAUAAAUCUGUCCUAUAUAAAAGGA